CCACCCACAACCCAUAACAAAAAGGUGAAACUAGCAAUGGAAGACAAACCAACCCACCCCCACAUAGCAAUUCUACCAAGUCCCGGUAUGGGUCACCUCAUACCACUCUGCGAGUUCGCAAAGCGUAUCGUUCUCCAUCAUGAUUGCUCUGCCACAGUCAUCGCCCUUGCAGCUGAUUCGUCGUCCAAGGCCCAAAACGCCGUCCUAGAUGGCCUACCAAAAAAUAUAAAUUCCAUCCAACUCCCUCCAAUUCCCUUGGACGAUGUCCCAAAGGAUGCAAAGAUCGAAACGCGCAUCUCUCUCACCGUCAAACGCUCCCUGGGUUUGAUCCGCGACGUCUUGAAGAAGUUGGCAUCCACUCACCGACUGGUGGCACUGGUGGUGGAUCUCUUUGCGACGGAUGCGUUCGAUCUAGCCAAAGAAUUCGGCAUCUCACCUUACAUUUUCUACCCAACGACGCUAACUGUGCUGUCUGUCUUCAUCAAUCUGCCAAUUCUCGAUGAGACGGUCUCAUGUGAGUAUAGGGAUCUUAGCGAACCGAUCAGAUUGCCCGGCUGCAUUCCACUUCACGGGAAGGAUCUCUUGGACCCAGUUCAAGACCGACAGAACGAUGCAUACAGAUGGCUCCUGCACCACUGCAAACGUUACAAGGAGGCCAGGGGCAUUUUGGUAAAUAGCUUUGUCGACGUGGAGCCAGGGCCCGCGAGGGCUUUGAUGGAAGCCGGGCAGCCGCCGGUUUACCCAGUCGGGCCGCUUAUCCAGACCGGUUCGGCCGGUGGGGUAGAUGAGAACGAGUGCUUGAGGUGGUUGGAUGAGCAGCCACGUGGGUCGGUGCUGUACGUGUCUUUCGGGAGUGGUGGAACCCUCACCAGUCAUCAGCUUUCCGAGCUGGCCUUGGGGUUGGAAAUGAGCGGACAAAGGUUCUUGUGGGUGGCUCGGAGCCCACAGGAUAAGGUGGCCAAUGCAGCGUAUUUCAGUGUCCAAAGCAUCGAAGACCCUCUGGACUUUUUGCCCGAGGGGUUCUUGGCUCGUACCAAAGGGCUAGGCCUUGUUGUACCUUCAUGGGCCCCACAGAUACAAGUUCUGGCCCACGGGUCUACUGGUGGAUUCCUGACACACUGCGGGUGGAACUCGACACUCGAGAGUAUCGUGCACGGCGUGCCGUUGAUUGCAUGGCCGCUCUAUGCCGAGCAGAAGAUGAAUGCAGUGAUGCUAGCCGAUGGGCUGAAAGUGGCAUUAAGGCCUAGAGCUGGCGAGGACGGUGUGAUCAGGAAGGAGGAGAUCGCGACGGUCGUCAGGGGUCUGAUGGAAGGAGAAGGAGGAAGGGAGGUGCGGAACCGAAUGCACGAUCUCAAAGACGCUGCCGCGAGGGUGAUAGUGGAAGGCGGGUCUUCUCAGAUGGCAUUGUCCCAAGUGGCCCACCAGUGGAAAAAUCCAAAACAGUUGUAACUAUAGCUCUUCUUUCGACUACGGUAUUGUGACAUUUUUACAUUUUAGUGCUUGCAAGUUGCGAUU